AUUUUAUUGAACGGAACGCCUAAAACCCCAAUUCUGUUUCUUCUAUUUCCGUUUACACAGAGUAAAACACUUUCUGCAUGUUUUCUCGAUUAAAUUUAGCAAACGGUUAACUCCGAAGAUAGUCAAGUCUCUUUGUUUUCUCUCUCUGGAUCUCGUUCUCUCUCACUCUCGCCCACAUCACUUCCCCGAAAUCGGAGCUAUAAAAGUCCAAAGUUUUGAAGGAAUUAUGUCCGAUGCUUUGAUCAACGGCCUUGCCGGUGCCGGCGGCGGAAUCAUCGCUCAGCUCAUUACUUACCCUCUCCAAACUGUAAAUACUCGGCAACAAACCGAAAGGGAUCCGAAGGAGGAGAGGCGGAAGCUUAGUACUCUGGAGCAAAUGUCUCAGGUGGUAAAGCAAGAAGGGUGGGAUCGGCUAUAUGGAGGAUUGGGUCCGUCUCUUGUCGGCACCGCUGCGUCCCAGGGUGUUUACUAUUAUUUCUAUCAAAUAUUCAGGAACAAGGCUGAAGCCACAGCCCUUGAACGGAGGAAGAAAGGCAUUGGGGAUGGAUCAGUUGGAAUGCUCUCAUCGCUUGUGGUUGCUGCUCUAUCUGGGUGUGUAAAUGUGCUGCUGACAAAUCCUAUAUGGGUGGUUGUGACUCGCAUGCAGACUCACACAAAGAAAAGCCAACCAAAUCGUACUGGUUCUUUGUCCUCGGAGGAAGUACUUCUCGCUGCAGUGGAACCUCCUCCUUAUGGUACUAGCCAUGUGAUUCAAGAAGUUUAUGAUGAGGCAGGAGUCUUGGGAUUUUGGAAAGGUGUUUUCCCCACACUGAUCAUGGUGAGCAAUCCUUCAAUACAAUUUAUGCUGUAUGAGACACUCUUGAAGAAACUGAAGAAGCGACGCCUUUCAAGUGGUAAAGGUAACAACAAUGUAACUGCUUUGGAGAUAUUUUUGCUAGGAGCUUUGGCAAAACUUGGAGCCACAGUUGUCACAUAUCCUCUUCUUGUUGUGAAGUCAAGACUUCAAGCAAAGCAAGUUACUGGGGGAGACAAAAAACACCAGUAUAGAGGCACCUUGGAUGCUAUACUGAAGAUGAUACGCUAUGAAGGCUUUUAUGGUUUUUACAAGGGAAUGGGCACAAAAAUCGUACAAAGUGUCCUUGCUGCCGCUGUUCUUUUCAUGGUGAAGGAAGAACUCGUUAGGGGUAGCAGAUGGUUGUUAACAAGGGCUCCUAUUGAUUCUGUAAAAUCAAUACCCGCAUGACAUGUUUGUUUUUCUCCAUUGCCAACAUUGGCAGGAUAAAUUCUCCUACUCCCUGUACCUACAGAAACAGGACUAGUGCAUUUAAUAAACUGAAAUAUCGUCUGAAGUCUGAAGAAUAACUGAAUUAUCUUUAGUAGGGCCUGCACCACUGACAGUAUAAACUAGUUCACCAUGCAUAUAUGGUGAAGAAAUACGCGUGUAACGAGGUUAUAGUUUGGAACAGAUGGCUGAAAAUCCUGUUAACUAUAUUCCGAAAUUUGUCUGUUGAAUAAUGUUACAUGUUGUAGUCGGUUGCUAGUCUUGAUUUCGGUACUGGAGAUGUAAUUAAAGUGCAUCAUUCUGUUUCAAGUCUUGAUAAUGAAAUUGAUAUUUUAUGUA